CGGAGCCGGCGGAAGUGGUUUCUUCGCUGGACCUGAGUGUUUGUGUUUUGGUUCGGGAAGAAGCUCGGCUGCGAGGGGAGGGGACGGAGGGAGGAGGAGGAAGAAGUCGGAACUCGAGCGCGGCGACGGCGGAGGAGGAGGACCGACGGAGGCGGAGCGGAGAGGCGGAGAGGCGGAGACGCGGCCCGGCAGGGGCGACUCGGGGCGCCCACCCCGCGCCGGCCAGUGUGAGAAGCAGCGAGCAGGCGACGCGGCUGCAGCUGCGGCGCCUCCGACCUCCGCGCCGUGCGUGGCCUCGCUGCCGGGAGCCGCGCCCCAGGUCUUUGGAAGUAAAGAUUCAGUAGCUUUGAACUUUAAAAGGCGCUGAAUAUGGAGGCACCCAUCUGUCAUCCCAGCAUUCUGGAAGCUGAGUUUUUCUGUGAGAAUCUGAUGUUGCCCUGAAAAUUUGGAAGCAGCAAGGACAUUCGGAACAAGUUUUGCCCUGUAUUUAUUGUUUUGUAGAGCCUUCUACUUGUUGGGCAAGCACUCUACUAGUCUUCAACCCCAAAGUCAAAUUGUUGAAGGUAUUUUCUCCAGAAAGAAAGCAAAAUUGAUAUUGCAUCCUGGAAGUUCAUUUAGAAAUCUGAAAUUAGGGACUUCUUUCAAAUUUGGACAUGGCUAAUCGAGGAGCAACAAGACCCAAUGGACCAAAUACUGGGAAUAAAAUAUGCCAGUUCAAACUGGUACUUCUAGGAGAGUCUGCUGUUGGCAAAUCAAGCCUGGUGCUUCGCUUUGUGAAGGGCCAAUUUCAUGAAUUUCAAGAGAGUACCAUUGGGGCUGCCUUUCUAACCCAAACUGUGUGUCUUGAUGACACAACAGUAAAAUUUGAAAUAUGGGAUACAGCUGGCCAAGAACGGUACCAUAGCCUAGCACCAAUGUACUAUCGAGGAGCGCAAGCAGCCAUAGUUGUGUAUGAUAUUACAAAUGAGGAGUCCUUUGCAAGAGCAAAAAACUGGGUUAAAGAACUUCAGAGGCAAGCAAGUCCUAAUAUUGUGAUAGCUUUGUCAGGAAACAAGGCUGACCUAGCAAAUAAAAGAGCUGUUGACUUCCAGGAAGCACAGUCCUAUGCAGAUGACAACAGUUUAUUAUUCAUGGAGACAUCAGCUAAGACAUCAAUGAAUGUAAAUGAAAUAUUCAUGGCAAUAGCUAAAAAGCUGCCAAAGAAUGAACCACAGAAUCUAGGCGCAAACUCGGCCAGAGGACGAGGAGUAGACCUUACUGAGCCUGCACAGCCAGCCAGAAGCCAGUGUUGUAGUAACUGAACUCCAGUGUGAACUUCCUGAAUGGCAAAACCCGUGAAGUGGGAGCAUUUAGCCGGCCCAGUGUGACUUCAAAAAAGAGACUUUUGGUAGAAUCAAGUUUCUAAUACUGAAUUAUUUUGAGUGUUUUGACUUAAUUUUUAAUAACAUGCAUGUGUUCUUCCGACUAAUGUUUUGGCAGUAGAAGGGGAAAUGAGAACUGUGUACAAUUUGUUCCACGGGAAAGUGGAUAAAAGGGGAACCAUUUAUCUCCAGUGGGUGUGGACCCACACUUAACCCAACCAGUCUUCAAACUGGUAUAAUAGUUAGGUGUGAAAGAUUCAGAAUUACUAAUGUGAGCUUUAGGAAAACAUUUUUAGAAGACUAAAAAUAUUUAUGCUUAGCAACAGAAGCCAAGCAAAUGGUAAUUUCUUCUAUUGUCUAAAAAGUGUACAUUCCACAUAAUAAUAAAAUAAUCCUAAGAAAACAGUCCUACAUCUCCAGAAAGAAUGAAUAUUGAUGAUAUCUUGCUCAGUCCUGUUAUUUCUUAAUAUUUGAUUGAAAAGAAGUCAUGUGUAACCCCAUCUUGUUUUAGGAAUAUAAAACUGAUAAAUGCAUCUUAAUGGGAGCUCUUCAACAAAGUGGAAACAAACCAGGUGUCUGAUUUCUCUUUAAUCACUGUUGACCAUUACAUAGAGGUCUGUCUGGAGCAGGGAGGGAGCUCUGGUUCCUUUUGGACAUGAUUAGUCAGUGCACUAACAAUUAUGUACAUUCAAACUUGAUUUUAAAUAUGAUCUUCAGCUGUACUGUAAAUAGAGUACUGCAUUGUAGUUUCCAUGUUUAUUAUUUUCUGUAAUAUUUAAGAAUUACCUAAGCAUAUACAAAAUGUACAGUUACUAAAACAGCUACUUAUUUCUUUGUCCCCCUAUAAAAGGAAGGGGCUUUGCUGUUCUUCAUGGCUCGAACCAUAAUAAACACUGUACCUGCAAUUUGUAACAUAAGUAUUACAAUGUUCUUAGUAAUAAUCUUGAAACCUUGUUUUUCAAAGUCCAUUUAAUUUUGAUCAGUAUAUUGCACUAAUUAUUUUAGGUAUUUUCAUUAUAUGAAAUCUACCAUUGUGUCAGAUGAUUUAAUCUAUUUAAGUGUUGAUCUGCUAGCAGAACGUGUACAUUUUACAGUAACUCAAAAUUAGUAAGGAAAACAGUUCACCAGUGUUUAGUUUUAUAUUGAGGUGCUCAGGUUGGAAUAAAGUGGUAUAAAAAGCAA